AUGAAAGUCGUCUUCUCACUUAGUAUUCAUAUAGUUGGUAUUAUCUCAUGUGAGCUUUUCAGUUCUUAUUUCGAUUCGAGUAGUUCCGAUUGGUUCAUGGCAGCCCAAGUAGAAAGGGUCCUCUUGAUUACAGCAAAUGUUGGAUCUUUAUUUGAGCAGGACCGUCGCCUCCAGGACGCUUGGUUAAAAACUUUUACAGAGCGGAUUAACGAAGAGAUGGCUGAUUUUGUGGUCAUUCACAUGCAAGAAACAGGAGGAAAACACUAUGUUGAAUGUGCAUGGCAAGUGCCUAAGCUCAUCGAUGAAUUGCUAUUGCGAAUGCCUAUGUAUCCGGCUGUUCAAACGUACUUAGAUUUGGAUCAUACGGCGCCCAACUUUACGGCUUUGGGGAGUGUUAUUCUUGUCAAAGCUAGAUGUAUUGGCUCUGUAUCACAGUACAAUUUCAAAACAUCAUCGUAUUUGCCUGUUGUAAAAGGCGUGAAUAUAUUGCUAGAUGGAUUGGAAAAUUCUCCUCUAAUUAUUAAAAAGAAGUUCCCGAAAGACUUCUGGCCAACUUUCAAAUGGGGCCGUAAGGGAAUACUGGACUUUGUCAAUGUUCACCUUUUUCAUGACGAAUCAAAUUUAGCGCUAAUUCAUGAGAAUCCAUUCCUGUAUAGUACAAAUCGCAAAAGAGCACUUGAUUACGUAUUAGAUCAGCUAACAUCAAGUGGAAGCUGGAGUACCUCUCACUGCUUUGUUUUCGGAGACUUUAAUUUUCGUCUUGAUUCGACAUCUUUCCUCAACCGUUUAACAGAAAGAGCUUCUGCACAUCCAUUAGAAGAGCCACAUGGAUCAGUUGCAGACGGUCUUUUGUGCGCGAGCAGCGCAACCACACCGGAAACAUUGCGAAGAACAGUAUCUGCUAUCGAAUUUCGUCGAGAAUCGCUAAAUGAAAUUAGCUCAGGACUAGUCCUUCGAAUUGAGCGGAAAAGAUUUGACUAUUUCAAUCAAAAGAAGUUAUUAGACGACUGGAAGUCAUACCUGGAAGACGAUCGUGAAGCGAGAAAUUUCGCUCAGUUGCACGAACUUCCUAUCAGCUUCCCACCAACCUAUCCUUGGAGUGAAGAUCCAGAUGAAUCGGAAGUGAUGAUGAAAACAAGAGCUCCCGCAUGGUGCGACCGUGUUUUGAUGAAUGACGGCGCUUUCGCGCUUGUGAGAAAGGGGAGUUCGACGUACUCAUCUUUUGGAAGAGAUGUAUGUACAGGAGAUCACAAGCCCGUUGCUCUUGCCUUUUCAAUGAGUUCAUGA